AAGUAAAAGGGUUAAAAAAGCGAACUAUUACUUGACAUGUUUUUCAUGUCAAGUAAUAUAAGGUCUUACUUGACACGUUUUUCAUAUCAAGUAAAAUAUAACAAAUAAUUGACUUGUUAUUUUAAAGAAGUAAAAUGUUAAAUGUCCUAGAUUUAGUCGAUCGACCUUCAACCUCUUGCACGCAACCAUGGCGUCCGUUCGACCUUCAAUCAUUUUCUAUCUGUUCGACCUUCAAGUAGUAUUCCAUCAGCCACCUCUUGCCGGCAUGGAAUUCCCGUCUUUAGCCAGCCCUCUGGUCCCUCCUUGCCCUUUCCGCCGUUGUUUGUGUACCUUUCUACAAACACUGGUCCUCCGAGUUUCGUUUCACUAUUCCAUUUCUCUCCUCCAUGCUCUUUGUGCUCGCGGCUCUGCUCUUCGAAGCCCUCUCCAUUCGAUUCGUCACUGCCGUCCUCGGUCUGGACUGACACAGGAGAAGAAAGUUGUUAGUGCAUCAACCACAGAUGGGGAAGAGAAGAAGAGAGUUUCAAUGAAGAUGGUAAAGGAGAAGGAAGCUAUUAGUGCACAACCACUAUCGCAUAAGGGGAAACUUUCAGAGAAUGCCGGAAAGGAGAAGGAAGUGAUCGCUAUUAGUGUACCACCGAUCUUAGAAUGAAAUGAUUGUUAUGUGCUGUGAGAAGUUGUGAUCGAAUUUUGUAGCACGCAAAAAGUGAAGACUUCAUCAAUGGUGGCUUUGUAUAAGUAAAUGUUAUUUAUUUAUGAUAUAUUAUAAGUUUAUUUCAUUUUGGCCGAAAGAGUUAAGUUUGCAGGAAGAUAUCAAAUACAUAACAAAUAUGUGGAUAUUAUGUCAUGAGAUAUAUGCAAGAAAUCUUGACUAAAGAGAAAAUAUUAUCACAGAUGCAGUAUAUCUUUAAACUACUUAUAUAUAUUGU